AGGAGAUUGCAUCCUCGUCCACUGCGCUCAUGCUACCAGCGAGGGACAAUUAAAGCCCGUGGUGGACACGUUUUCACCACGGGAGAAUAAGGACAUAGAAAUGGGACCGUAAGAUGCCCCGAAUGGAAACAUUAAAUACAGGCAUUCUGGGAAGGAGCAGUUUUACGCUGUGAGAGGGCGACAGCGGGACUGGAGCGAGGAUGUGUCCUAACAUGAAACAAGGCUCAGCAUCUACAGCCCCCAAACGCUGGGAAUCAGAGACGAACGCAGGCUGGGAUGGAGCCGGCAGAAGAUGGUGAAAUUUGCGAUUGAGUGCUCCCUCCUGGAAGACACCUCCUCGGCUGCUCUAACGCCUGCAUGUCGCCUCCUGCGCGGUACUCCCCCCUGGCCUCUGUGCCGCUGUGUGGAGACGGACACUGAGCCUCUUUACAUACCAAAAGUAACGCUUUGUAGCGCUGUUCAUAUAGGCUGAAUUGAAAGCCCACACGCGCUGCUUUUCCCAGUGCUUCAUGGCCACGGAUCGUUCACUGAAUCUCCAAACCUAAACUAUAGAUUCAAACCCACGUGAUCUCUGCGUUGUUUGCCUCCGGGUUUGACAAGCUAUCGACGCUGGUCCAAAUGCAUGCAAAUGUGCUCUCCCUUCCUUGACAGCUUUCCCCCCGGAACCAUACUUGUUCCGUUGAGCUGCUUCGCCUGUAGAGACUGGCUCUGACAGUGCAGGAUCAAUCCCAGCGCAAGUUGAUGAACUAGACUGACCGGCCUCGGCGGUGGGAUCAGACGGAUAUUAAGCUGCCUCUCUCAGACAGCGGAAACUAGGAUCAUCUCCCGUCCUUGCGUUGGCAGAGCACCGCAGCCCGAAACGGAACAUUCCUCUCGGGUAUAUUGUCGGAUAUCACACACAACUUGCCGCCGAGCUGUAAACAUUUCCACUCUAUGGCAACUGUUGUUAAAAUGGUUAAAUGCUGACGCUCCUGUGAGUCUUUUUUCUUCUCAUGUUGGAAAAAAGAGAGAAGUAAAUACCAGAAGUGGUCUAAUUUGUGAGAAAGCCCCUCCAACUCCAAAAAAAAAGGGUUUUCAAACAUGACGUUUAAUCCAGUGGGGUGUUUUACUGGUAAACUUCCACAGCAGCUGUUAGUCAGACUGGAUGUCUGAAAGAUGACACUUGGAUAUUAGCAUACUUGUAGUUUUGCCAACACCCUUCCCAGGAAAUGCAAUGCAUUGAUUUGCUCCAGUGCCGGCAUUGUAAAUAACUCCGUGGACAUAUUUUGUACGGCUUUUAUCCCCGCAAGAUCCAUGUCAUCGCUGUUCACUAUCAGCUGUCGUUGUGGACGGUGAUGUAAGUGAGGUGUUCUGGAUGUCGUUCUGUUUCUGUUCUUUUUUUUUUCCCACUUCUUGAACCUUACAUUUCCCAGAGGUGUGCUGUUUGGCAGCUAAGAUGCUGAAAAACGGUGGACGCAUUUACUUCUGCACACUGUGGUUUGAUUUUCUGAGCGCGUGCCAUGUGAAGAGGAGCCAGGCAUGAGACUGCACAGACUGAGGAGAUGUAUCACAAGGAACGCAGGAGGAAUUACGAGUGGCACUAUGGAAGACCCGGUGCAGAGUGCUACCAGCUUAAAGUGUACAAGAGAGAGAAUUACGAGCCUUCGCUGUGAGAAAAUUGUGUUUUCUCCUCUCUGAGACUAACUGCUGAAUUGGAAUCAGUGCUCCAUGAAUCAAAUUAGUAUUUGAAUUGAGAACUUCUCCCCCGUGCACUGUGGGAUAUCCACCCUGUUCGUCAUACUCGGCAACCUGCGAGUUCCGCUCAUUUUUUGAGUGCGCUUAUCUUCGAUCCCCUGUUGCUGUGGCUUUUAUUUGUUUUCAGUCUAGCUCCCGCAGAGAAAUGUCUUCCUAUUUGAAGCAGAAAGUUGUCAACAGGACGUUUACAGCAAAUACAAACACACGAUAAGGGUAGGGGUCUCUUCCAAAUCAGUAUAUCUUUGUGUGUCUCACUGAAUACUGUCAACUUUUGUGCUCUUGGGGGGGGAAAACCAAACCGAGCCCCACCCCCACCCCCCAUCAGAGUGCAUUCAAGGACUAAUUUCCUACCGCUGUGGUGAUGGGGAGCUCAGCCUCGUCUCUCACUGCAGAGACCGAGUCAGACCAUGGCUUCCGCAGCACCCCGUACCCAUCGUCACCUCCCGUGGGUUGGCUCAGGAACAGCCACAGCAGCCCGGUGUGGGGCACCACCUUCAUCACACGUCAGCAGCAGCACCCACUGCCUCACCGAGAGCGCAGCCACUCUCACUCUCCUGGCUCCAUGGCAGCAGCAGUGCGAGGCAGCGAGUGGUCAUGUGGACGCUGCACCUUCUUAAAUGCCGGCGCAGCACCUCGCUGUUCCAUCUGUGAGGCACCACGCCAGAAACCUGACCUUAACCAGAUCCUGCGGCUAAGCAGCACUGAGGAGCAUCGCUGGGCCUGUCCCCGCUGUACACUCAACAACCCCCAGGGAUCUGGAGCCUGCUCCGUCUGUGGCUUCGGACCGUCCCCUGCCACUCACACACCCCCUACAACCACCAUAGCUGCCACUGCCAACGGACUCCCAUCCGCUCCGGUUGAACCUCCAACACCUACCGUCACCCCCACAGUACUACUUGAGCCCCAUGGACAGCAUCCAGCUAAGGACGAAGUGCUGCGACGGUCUGAGAGCAACGGAGAGGUGGUCAGCCUAGAGGGGCAGCACUCUGGCUGGGCUUGUCCUCGCUGCACGCUUCACAACACACCCGUGGCUCUGUCAUGCUCAGCAUGUGGUGGGCCCAGGAAACUGUCUUUGCCUAAAAUCCCCCCUGAGGCGCUGGUGGUGCCUGAGGUGCGCACACCUGUGCUGGGGUUUCCAGUUCACACAGCAGGAACUGCCCCACUACUCAUAGACCUAACGGACGACUCUCCCCCAGCCCCUCCAUGUGACCCUCAAGAACCUCCCCAUGUCUCCUCGCAAUCCCUUUCGUCCCCUUUUACUGCUUUCUCCUCCUCCCUGCAAAAUAACCCUGUGCCCCGAAGCAGGAGAGAGGUGCCCCCUCCAGGGCGCCCACCAAACCCAGGCACCAACACUCCCAGCCCCACUUCCCCUUCGGCAGCCAUUGUGCCACCCCAGCCAGGCCCACAGCGACCAGCCAAGCCAAAACAUGCCCAGCCCCAAGAACCUUCAUACCCCAGCAAGCGCCUCAGUAUCUUGGAGGAAGAAGACUCUCAGCACCAUCCACUAGCCCCCCACCUCCCUGUUGCUUCUUCAGUCGCCCCCACCUGGAAGUGCCCUAGCUGCUCGUUGCCCAACCCAGGUAACUCAUCUAAGUGUGAAGCCUGCCGAUCAUCACGGGCAGGUGCUGACCUCAUUGACCUGGUAGGCUGUGAGACGGUACGAUUUACCCCUGCGAGCCCCUCGAGCCCAGAUUUUAGCACGUGGGCCUGCUCCAAGUGUACGCUGCGCAACCCUACUGGUGCACCCAAGUGCUCGGCCUGUGGUUCUUCCAAGCUGCAUGGCUUUCAGGAGCAGCAGGCGCCACUGCCCCGCUGCUGUACACACUGUGGCCUCCCGUCAGGGCCUGGCACUGCAUCAUGCUCCUGUACACCUUCUUCUUCAUCCUCCUCGGGUCAUAAAACGCGGAAGCAGGCCCGGGGUUUCCCGUCAUCCUCUUCUGCCAUUGCUUCGAGUUCCUCUUCCUCCUCCACCUCAUCUAGCCUUCUGGAGAAGGUAGGACAGUGGAGCUGCCCAGCAUGUACGCUGCUCAAUGACACCAAGGCCAAGAACUGUGCAGCAUGCCACACACCCCAGCAGUACCUCACCCUUCGCAAGGUGGUUAAGCCUCUGAAGAGGAGGGAGAGCAUGCAUGUAGAGGCCCGUCGACGAAAUGAUGAGGGCGAGGCCAAGGAGCUUUGGGAGAACAUAGUCAGCUUCUGCAGAGAGAACACUGUGAACUUUGUGGAUGACAGUUUCCCCCCAGGACCUCGCUCCGUGGGCUUCCCCGAGGGCGACAGCGUCCAGCAGCGAAUCAAAAAGUGGCUCCGCCCCCACGAGAUCAACUGCAGCAACUUCAAAGACCGAGGCGUCAAGUGGUCCGUCUUCCGCACGCCACGACCCUCUGACAUCCUGCAAGGCCUGCUCGGGAACUGCUGGUUCCUGAGCGCGCUGGCAGUGCUGGCGGAGCGUCCGGAGCUGGUGGAGAGGGUGAUGAUCACCAGGACCAUCUGCCCCGAGGGGGCCUACCAGGUUCGGUUAUGUAAAGACGGGACGUGGACAACGGUACUGGUGGACGACAUGCUUCCCUGCGACGACUAUGGCUACCUCCUGUUCUCCCAGGCCCAGAGGAAGCAGCUAUGGGUGGCACUGAUUGAGAAGGCCCUGGCCAAACUCCACGGGUCCUACUUUGCCCUGCAGGCAGGGCGCGCCAUUGAGGGCCUGGCCACGCUGACGGGGGCUCCGUGUGACUCCCUGAUGCUUCAAGUCAGCUCCACAAACCCUCGGGAGGAACCCAUCGAUACAGACCUCAUCUGGGCCAAGAUGCUCAGCUCCAAGGAGGCUGGAUUUCUGAUGGGUGCAUCUUGUGGAGGAGGCAACAUGAAGGUAGAUGACAUUGUCUAUGAGUCUCUGGGUCUGCGGCCUCGGCAUGCCUAUUCCGUCCUGGACGUACGGGAUGUCCAGGGUUACAGGCUGUUGCGGCUGCGUAACCCGUGGGGUCGGUUUUCGUGGAACGGCAGCUGGUCGGACGAGUGGACGGACUGGCCACAGCACUUGCGUCACGAGCUGAUGGCUCAUGGCAGCAGUGAGGGCGUCUUCUGGAUGGAGUACACAGACUUCAUAAAGUACUUUGACUCAGUGGACAUUUGCAAGAUCCACUCAGACUGGCAGGAAGUGAGGUUACAGGGCUGCUUCCCCAGCAAAGCAAGCGGGCCGGUCACCGUCACCGCCCUCACUGUGCUCGAGAGGACGGCAUUAGAGUUUGCUCUCUUCCAGGAGGGAAGCAGGCGUUCAGACACAGCCGACAGCCACCUGCUGGACCUGUGUAUCAUGGUGUUUCGUGCCUCCUUCGGCAGCGGCAACAAGCUGACUCUGGGCCGCUUGUUGGCCCACAGCAAGCGAGCGGUGAAGAAGUUUGUUGGCUGUGAUGUGAUGCUGGAGCCUGGGGAGUACGCCGUCGUCUGCUGCGCCUUUAACCACUGGCAGAUGAAUGUCAGUGGGUCGGGAGGUCCACCCACACCCAUCUCAAGCCCCACCAGCGGAGCAGCGCGACGGCCCAGCCAGGACUUCCCCGGCUACAUCCUCGCUAUCUACAGCUCCAGACAGGUGAUGGUGGAGCAGGUGGAGGCAACCGCCACCACGCUGGCCGACGCCAUCAUCCUUCUCACAGAAAACAAAGGCGAAAGACACGAGGUACUGGUGGUGCUUUCACAGCUGGAAGGAAACGCCGGCUUCUCCAUCACCCACCGCCUGGCUCACCGCAAAGCAGCCCAGGCCUCCCUGGGAGACUGGACCCCCACAAAAGCCACCCACAGCCCCCAGCUCACUCCAGACAUUGAUGGCCUGCACCGGCCCAGGCCACUAUGA